AUGGGGGUAACGUGCAUUGAGACCGCCGGGGGCAUCAAGUGUGACCCCUGCCCCGAGGGCAUGGAGGUUAAUGGUACCCACUGCACACAUGUGGAUGAGUGUGUCGUGAAGCCCUGCCACAUGGGUGUGCGCUGCAUCAACACCUCUCCAGGGUUCCGCUGUGGCCCCUGUCCCACUGGCUACACUGGCCCCCGGGUGCAGGGAAUAGGCCUCUCCUACGCCACUAACAACAAACAGACGAUCCUGCUUGUGAAGAAGCCAGAUGUGGAGGUCCUGGGUUGGCGUGGUUACACGAGCUCUGCGGUUGUGAGGCCGGUUGGACAUACCUCCAAAUUCUCUAAUACGACAUUGGAGGGCUCGUUUAAGUGUGGCUCCUGUAAGGCAGGCUAUGUGGGGGAUCAGCGCAAGGGCUGUAAGCCUGAGAGAGCGUGUGGUAAUGGCCAGCUCAACCCCUGCCAUGCCAGCGGAGAGUGCAUUGUCCAACGAGAUGGGAAAAUAGAGUGUCAGUGUGGGGUGGGAUGGGCUGGCAAUGGCUACUUCUGCAGCUCUGACAUUGACAUUGAUGGCUUCCCUGAUGAGAAACUGGAAUGCACCGAGAGGAACUGUGCCAAGGAUAACUGUCUAACAGUACCCAACUCUGGCCAAGAGGAUGUAGACAAGGAUGGCAAAGGAGACGCCUGUGAUGAGGAUGCAGAUGGCGAUGGAAUCCUAAAUACACAGGACAACUGUGUGCUGGUACCAAAUGUCAACCAAAGAAAUGUGGACGAAGACGACUUUGGAGACGCCUGUGACAACUGCCGUAUGAUUAAAAACAACGACCAGAAAGACACUGAUGUUGAUAGACUGGGUGACGAAUGUGACGAAGACAUUGAUGGCGACAGAAUCCCCAAUAAUCUGGACAACUGCAAAAGGGUUCCCAAUGCUAACCAGAAGGAUCGAGAUGGGGACAAAGUCGGAGAUGCUUGUGACAGUUGCCCCUAUGUUCAAAACCCUGACCAGUUGGAUAUGGACAACGAUUUGAUCGGAGACCCUUGUGACACCAAUAAGGACAGUGAUGGUGACGGUCACCAGGACUCUCAGGACAACUGCCCUGCAGUCAUCAACAGCUCCCAGCUGGACACGGACAAGGACGGCCUGGGGGACGAGUGUGACGAUGACGAUGAUGAUGAUGGUAUUCCUGACUUUCUGCCCCCGGGACCGGACAACUGUCGCCUCAUUCCCAACCCUCUGCAGGAGGACUCUGACGGUGAUGGUGUUGGGAAUGUAUGUGAGAACGACUUUGACAACAACACCAUCAUCGACAGCAUCGAUGUGUGCCCGGAGAACGCUGAGGUCACUCUCACAGACUUCAGGGCAUACCAGACAGUGGUGCUGGACCCAGAGGGAGACGCACAGAUAGACCCUAACUGGGUGGUGCUCGAUCAGGGAAGAGAGAUUGUCCAAACUAUGAACAGUGACCCUGGACUGGCUGUUGGUUACACAGCUUUCAACGGUGUUGACUUCGAAGGGACUUUCCAUGUGAAUACCAUAACGGACGACGACUAUGCAGGGUUCAUCUUUGGCUACCAGGACUCUUCCUCCUUCUACGUGGUGAUGUGGAAACAGAUUGAGCAAAUCUAUUGGCAGGCCAAUCCAUUCAGAGCUGUGGCAGAACCAGGGAUCCAACUGAAGGCUGUGAAGUCCAACACGGGACCAGGGGAGAAUCUACGUAACUCCCUGUGGCACACUGGCGACACCAGUGACCAGGUGAAGCUGCUGUGGAAAGACGUCCGCAACGUGGGCUGGAAGGACAAGACUUCCUACCGCUGGUUCUUGCAACACAGGCCCCAAGAUGGCUACAUCAGAGUGCGUUUCUUUGAGGGUCCUCAGAUAGUGGCAGACACAGGUAUCAUCAUAGACACCACCAUGAGAGGAGGCAGACUGGGUGUCUUCUGCUUCUCCCAGGAGAACAUAAUCUGGGCUAACCUACGCUAUCGCUGCAAUGAUACAACCCUCGAGGACUUUGACUCAUACCAAGUCCAACCCGUUCAGCUACAGUUCUAAUACAGCAUGCACAAACCUCUGCCCAAAGGAAGACUGGGAGGACAUUCCAUCUACACCCCCACAUUCUGGAACGCAUGGCUCCCAGCUGAACAGUGCAUGGUUGUGUCUGUAAUGGCACCCUAUCUCCUAUAUAGUGCACUACUUUUGAUUAAAGGCUAUAUAGGGCCCGAUUUGGACUUAAGAAAUUAUGCCUUUCUUAUGCACACCUUUCAUACACACUGAAUAGUUAGUAUUCAGACGUACCUUAUGAAGGAACGUAAAGGGCUUUGCAGGCAUGCUUCCCUUGUCAUUCAAUAGAAUUUUCAGUGCAUUUAUCUUAAGCCAUCUCUUUAAAUAUGGUGUAACUUCUAGUUAGUAUUUUGUUGACAGACUCAAUAGAAUAUAUUGAAUAUUAGUGAUCAAUGAAAGAAAGCCAUCUAAAUAUAUGCAUAUCAUUCUCUGUUUCAGCACCACUUGGUAGAUUCAAAAUACUCUGAUCUUGUAGAUUAUUUAGGGCUAGGAAAGUAUUUAUGAAAUCAUAAAAAACAGGUUUGGAGAGCCUUUACGCGGAAAAGAAAACAGUGGUUUGAUUCAUUCAGAAAAUUGCCACAUUGUUAUUUAACCCAUGGUAAUGUUGGAAGAGUAGUGUACAUUGAAUUAUAAUAGGGAGAAUAGUGUACAAUAGUAGACUAUACCCUCGUCUGUUGCAUGCACUCGCCAUGGUACUGUGUGAUGACAGCCAAGUAUUGUGCCAUGCGUAGGCUUCAAACUGUUAAUGCCUGGUCUGCACUCCACUCCAUAACGAUUUAAUUAGCCUAACUGUUGCUAAUGAUCCUCAGCAACAACCACAUGGCCAUGACAGCGUUUACAGAGGAAACAAAUGCAGGUAAACAAAACAAUGUAAUUAAAUGGAAUGAUAAUGUAUGCUAUACCAACUGAAGGGAACUAACAGUAAACUGGCAGUUGAAUAUGUGUGUUAUUAAGCCUACUGACGGUCGAUACGGAUAGUGGCUAAUAUUUAACAUGAUAGAAAUAGGAAACAGAAAGUCGUGGUAGCCUAUAAUUAAGACAUCCGAGUGCCCAGCUAUGAGUUAAAAGGCUGUGCAAUUUAAAUUCUGCAUAAUAGCACAGCCUUUCAUGAACUUUACUUUGGGAAAGUUGAUAUACUUCAGUUUGAAGCCAUAUAUGACUGGUUUCACAUUUGUCUCCAGCAAUUGGAAGGUAAAAUAUAUCUAAAACAAGUGUAAUUUAUAGUUUCCUUAUCCAGACAGAUUACACAUUUAACUAGCGCUUAUCAAGUUGUAGAUGACAGAAAUAACACCACACCAACACCAAAUAAAGUAAUGC